AAAUGUAAUAUCAGAAUUCCACACUUCUCCUCAGCCAUUGUCACUCUCGCUCUGCAAAUCAUUGCAUUCUGGACCCAGAAGACCAGCUUCUGAAAAACCCUAAUCUAUUCUUCACUAUUCAAUAUCAAUCCACGCGUUUGGAUUGGGCAUAAUAUCAAUCUUCCAGUUUCAGUAAUCAGCGGGAUAAAAAUGGAUUCGGACGAAGACGAUUUCGUCUUCUUCGGAACGCCGAUAGAGCGCGAGGAAGAUCAAACCAGCCGCAAGAAGAAAGCCCUUGCUGAAUCCGCCGGUCAACUCCGUACCCUCCCCGCUUGGAAACAAGAGGUUAGAGAUGAUGAAGGGAGGAGAAGGUUCCAUGGCGCAUUUACAGGUGGUUAUUCUGCUGGUUACUACAAUACAGUGGGCUCAAAGGAAGGUUGGGCACCGCAGUCUUUUGUAUCAUCCAGGAAGAGCAGAGCUGAAGUCAAAGAGCAGAACAUAUUGAAUUUUCUAGAUGAAGAUGAGAAAUCUGAACUGGAAGGUCGGCUUUUGGGGACGUCUUCACAGUUUGAUACAUUUGGCUUCACAGCUGCUGAAAUUGCGCACAAACAAGCUGAGAAAGAACAGAUGCAAAGGCCAUCCAUAAUUCCUGGACCUGCCCCUGAUGAAAUAGUUAUUCCAGCCUCAGAGUCUGUUGGGGUAAAACUGCUGUUGAAGAUGGGAUGGAGUCGUGGUCGCUCAAUUAAGGAUUCACAUGCUGAUGCACUCUAUAAUGCCAGAAGACAGGCCCGAAGAGCUUUCUUAGCAUUUUCUUCAGAUGAUUCAAAAGUGGAAGUUACUAAGUCUGAGCCUGUCAAGCGUGAUAGUGAAAAUUUACCUGAGCAGCUCGUGAAUGAUGAUUUUCAGUCUUGUAAGAGCACACCGGUUUACGUACUCAACCCAAAGCAAGACCUGUAUGGAUUAGGUUUUGAUCCUUAUAAGCAUGCUCCUGAGUUCAGAGAGAAAAAAAGAUCACGCUUAUCCAGCAAAAAGGGACCUGGGGAUAACAAAAACUUUUCCACACGAGAUAGUAUUUUUGGUUUGAAGUCAGGAAAGGCUGCCCCUGGUUUUGGCAUUGGAGCACUUGAGGAACUUGAUGCGGAGGAUGAGGAUGUCUAUGCCGCUGGUUAUGAAUUUGAAGAUGCUUAUGUUCAAGAGGUCGAGGAACCUUCAACGUUGACCUUGGAAAAUAAGAAAAGGAAAGAUCAGAAGGACCAGGAUAAUCUACCUGGUUUUAGAGUUGCAUCCAAUCCUGACUAUAAAACAGAAAGAUUUGAGGCUCCUCUGAUACCCAAGGAUUUUGUGCCCUGCCAUGUGUUUUCUGGACCUCUUGAGAUUAACCACCAGAGCUAUGAGGCCCCUCCAUCAGAUGCUCCUCCUCCGGAGGAUAGCAAUUUAAAACUACUAAUUGAAGGGGUCGCAAAUCUGGUAGCUAAAUGUGGUAAACUAUAUGAGGAUCUAUCUAGAGAAAAGAAUCGAUCAAAUGCAUUGUUUAAUUUUCUUUCUGGAGGAACUGGCCAUGAUUAUUACGCAAGGAAACUGUGGGAGGCACAACAGAAAUGCAAUGAUCAAACUAAGCAACAGUUGGAGAGAAAAGUGCCUCCUGGUGGGCAGAGGCUGACAGCCGAGAGCCGAGGCCAGAUCUUAGGGGAAAAACCACUAGAAAGAAGCUCCCAAGAUUCAUCCUCAUCUGCUGUUUCUACAGAUAUUCAUCUCCAAUUUAAUCUUACAGAUACAUUUACUAACUCUGCAUCAUCAUUUAGUGAGUUAUCAGAUGCUCAAAAGCCUUUCAAAGAUGAUCCUGCAAAGCAGGCAAGAUUUGAGCAGUUUCUCAAGGACAAGUAUAAAGGGGGAUUGCGCUCUUUGAGUUCUAGUUUAGCUGGUGAUAUGUCAGAAGCUGCUCGUGCUCAUGAGAGACUAUCUUUUGAGGCUGCAGCUGAGGCAAUAGAAAAAGGAAAACAGGGAAGGGGAAGCAAACUUUCUAUUCCAUCUUCCAUGGAUUUCAUCACAGGUGGUGUUAUGCAGUUUACUUCUGGUGGAGUAGAGCUAAAGAAAGACCAACAAACUGAAGAUUUCAUGGAGAAGAAAAUGUACCCAAAGAGGGAAGAGUUUCAAUGGCGUCCUUCACCUCUUCUCUGCAAACGAUUUGAUCUCAUUGAUCCUUAUAUGGGGAAGCCUGCGCCUGCCCCACGGAUUAGGGGCAAGAUAGAUUCAUUGAUCUUUACAUCAGAUUCUGUCAAAGGUACCAGAGUGGAAGAGCCUGUUAUUUUCAAGAAAGAUGUAUCCCACUUGCAACAAUCUGCUAACAAAGACAGAGACAAGAUUGUUGCUGAGAAUAAAAUUGAAGAGGAUGUGGAAGUUGAAAAUAUUGAAAGGCCGGUUGACUUGUACAAGGCUAUUUUCUCUGAUGAUUCUGAUGACGAAGGGGAUGACUUUAAUAUCAUGAGAGUGGAUAAUCAAGGAAAGAAAGCUGAAGUAGCCAAUACAGCAUUAAGUCGUUUGAUUGCAGGUGACUUUCUCGAAUCUUUGGGCAAGGAACUAGGGCUUGAGGUUCCCCCUGAUACACCUCUCCCCACGCAAAAGUCGAGGAAUGAUGCUCGUCAGAAAGAAAAUGUUAAUGAAUAUACAAAAACCAAUAAUCCUAAUGAUGAAAACAACAGCGUCAUAUCAUUAAAUCAUCAAUUGCCACAUGAUCAGAACAUUGCUCAUGAGGGUGAACCCUCAAAAGGUACCAUUUAUGGAAAUAUGCUUGAGAAUAGCAGUGUUAAAACCAAGGGAACUAGUAUCUCUGACAGUAAAUUGAGCAAGUCUAAUGGGGAGAAGCAUGAAGAUGACAGGAAAAAUAAAUCACCUCUAAUCCAUAGACAAGACUAUAGCAGCAAUUCAGAGGAGGAAAGGAGCAGAAAGCGCUCUGGUAAGCUUAAUAGGGAAGAAGAGUACAGGAAAAUUAAAAAUGCAACACAUCGCCAUAGGAGGCAUGAUGCAGGAAGUUAUUCAUGCAGUGAUGAUGAAAGAGAUCGAUCGAGUUCAAAGUCGAAAAAGAGGAAGGGUGGUUCUUCCCGAGAAAAAAGCAGAAGUAAAAGACGCUCAAAACAUCACAAACACAGAAAGCAUGAAUCUCCAAGUAGAUCCUCUCAUUAUAGCAUGGAGAAGGAUACUGCACAUUCCAGAAAAGAGAAAGGGCGAAGGGAAUAAGCGACAGACUUGUCUCUUUUAUUUUCAAUUUCAUACUGGAGUCUGUUUGAGGAUCAUUGCUGUAUUAAAGGAUGUUCUAGGUUUUGGGGUUGUGACGCUGAGGGGCAGCCUAUGGAUUUCAUUUGCGCUGAGCUAUACUCAAGCCUUCUGUUAUAUUGGGUUGCUAUCUUCACUUCUUUGAAGGAAUGCUGGUUAGUUUAAACUCCCCACCCCAUCCUUUCAAUGUAAGUAAAUGGAAUUGUUAUUCAUACUGCAACUUUAAUGUACCCACAAAAAAGCUUUAUUAGAGAGUUGACAUGGUCCUUAAUAGUUACUACUAAAGGUUAAAGUAAUGCAAGUGACACUGCAGAAUCCAAGAGGUUACACCUUGCUAGAGGAUUGUGAAUUGGUGUACCCUCACUGUGAAUCACAAGUUUCAUUUGUUAUUUCAUUUACAUUAACGAUUUAGCGAGAUAAGCAACAUUAGUGAAUUGAGAAGGUAA